AGUUACAAACUUCAACCCAGUGCCUGGUGGACAUGUCAGGCUCUGUCAUCGUUUGGUUGUGUCUUGUCAUGACCUCCUUUACCUCAGCUGAAACUUCCUCAGUCAGGAGAGUGUCUGUGCCAGAAGACCACCACCUCUCCCUGCCCUGUGGUCGCCCCGGCAACGCUGUUUGGACUCACCAGGUCCAGGGCGUCAUCGGCCGCCAGCGCGGCGAUGCGACGCCCGAACCGGAGCGUCCAAAGUACGCCCUGCUCCCCGACGGCUCGCUGUUCAUCAGGGACCUGGAGGAGGCAGACUCCGGCGAGUUCCGCUGCAACGAUCGUCUGGUCGCCCACGUCCAGGUGCUUUCAGGCCAGGUGUUCUCAGUGUCAGCAGGCCGGAUUCUGGUCCUGCCCUGCCGUGGUUCUGCUAAGCCCAAGCAGAGGUGGUUCUUCAGGGGUGAGGGCCAGGCGAAACGGCAGCCCCUCGCCACGCGCUACAAGAACGGGGAGGUGAGGGAGGAGAGGGCCGACCCGGGGAACAGGUUCUCCUACGACCGCGACGAGCUGCAGAUUGCCGACCUGCAGCCAGGGGACGCUGGAGAGUAUCUGUGCAACACUGAGACGGCUGGGAGAGUCACCGUGCUGCCAGACCCAGAUAACUCCAGCACCCAGACAUCCACCACGGUUGUACUGAACACAGAUACUAUUGAGGAGGAGGACAUAGAAGCAAAGUUUGACAACGGCUCUGUGGUGGCAGCAGUGAUUGGUCUGGGCGUGGCUGCCCUGUUAGCCUCUCUGAUGUGUCUUCUGACUGUCAACAUGAAGUGCAGGAGGAAGAGGAAGUACACAAACCCAGGGUCACAGCACAGACAGGAAGAUACUGAGCUUCAACACCGGGGACCGUCAAGUACAGACUGGGAGCUGGCAGACGGGGGCACAGAGAGGGUGAGGACGGCUGGACCUCACGCACUGCAGGCUUCUCCUCAUAUGGAGGAAGUGGAGGAUCUCCACUAUGCCUCUCUGGGUCGUCAGAACUGGAAGGACCUGGAAAGACCGAGAGCUACGACCGACCUGCACAACCACGUCAUCUACUCUGCUGUCUUCACCUGACCCUCGCCACGCUGGUCACCUGACCCUCAACACCACCCUGGUCAGCUGACCCCCUCAGCACCAACACCACCCUGAUCACCUGACCUCCAAAUAGAACCACCUCCCCUCUUCUACAAGACCAAUCAAAUGGCAGUAUUAACUUCAUUAACAUCAACGUGUCAACAUCACUACAGUUGCAGCUCAUGAAGAGGAGGGACUGUCUAUAGUCAUUCGGAAUAAUUGACAGAUUCUGUAUUUGCAGCUUUAAGAUUUAUUAAGAAGCAUUUGAAGUCAAACUAUUUUUGGAUCAACCUUUAAAUGCUAUAUGCAGAAGAGUCUGAGCUAAGCGGGAUCAACUCAGUUGAAGAGGGCAGUUUCAGUCUUCACUGCAUAAGACGAUGCGCCCACAGAAAAGCAAA